CGUCCCCCUAAAGGAGAGAAGUGUUGUCUUUGAUACAUGCCAUGGCGGUCGUUAGCAGCUCUAGGCCGCAUAAUUCAGGUGGCCGUCACUACAGCAGUGCUCAUUUACCCACUGGUGUUUCAAGGCGACAAGUUCUUUAAGGUCAGAGUCUUUAAAGUGAACGGGAGAUCCAUGCAUCCGUGUCUGAAUCCGUACUCAAGCAAAUGUGAUGACUGGGUGUAUGUGAGAGAUGUCGGAGAGUGUGAGAUCCACCGAGGAGAUGUAGUCACUUUCAUUCCGCCAAAAGAUCCUUCCGCCCUCUUUAUCAAGAGAGUCAUUGGCUUGGAAGGCGACACCGUAGUGAAAAGUGACGGGGCUUCUACCAGCUUAAUCACCGUCCCGUUGGGCCAUUACUGGGUCGAAGGAGAUAACAAAGGCCUCUCCAUAGAUUCGCAGCAGUUUGGGCCAGUUCCCAAGUCACUUCUUCAAUCGAAAGCCUUUUAUAUCAUAUGGCCUCCUUCUCGCUGGAAAAAGAUUUUUAAUGAAUUUUCCUCUGAGUGUAAGCCUGCCAAUCAAAGUGAGAUCUAAGACAUUAGAGUUAUAUUUUAAAUUAGUA